CAGUUUCAAUUUUAAAAUUUCCCGCUCUCCUGCCCGCGCGUUCUUUUUCAUUUGGGCAUUUCCAUUUUCCAGUCACGAAGAAAAGGAAGACGACGGAGUCCGGCUUUCAAGGGAAGCUUGAAAAUGGCUCAAGCUGCAAGACUCAACCUGCGAAUGCAAAGGGAGCUAAAGCUCCUUCUCACCGACCCACCUCCCGGCGUCACGCUUCCGCUGCUCUCCGGUGACGCCGAUUUCUCUUCCUUGUCCAGCAUCGAUGCCCAGAUCGAAGGCCCCGAAGGAACCGUUUAUGCUGGAGGUGUUUUUAAGAUCAAGAUUCAAAUACCCGAAAGGUAUCCGUUUCAACCUCCCAAUGUGACUUUUGCGACGCCUAUAUAUCAUCCUAAUAUUGACAAUGGAGGUCGGAUUUGCCUGGAUAUUCUUAAUCUUCCACCGAAGGGUGCCUGGCAACCAUCUCUGAACAUUUCAACCGUGCUAACUAGCAUUGGGUUGUUAUUGAGUGAGCCCAACCCUGACGAUGGCCUAAUGUGUGAAGCAAGCAAAGAGUACAAAUAUAAUAGGCAAGCUUUUGAUCAAAAGGCAAGGUCUAUGACCAAGAUAUAUGCGAAGGUUGAAACUAGUGGAAAUGGUGGUGGUGGAAAUAUUCUAGCAAAUUCAAACACAAGCAUGGUAGAAGUUGGAGAACCAGAUACAAGGUCUAAAAGCGUGGGCUUAUGCCCCAAGAAGCUAUAUGGGAUUAGCCGGAAAUUGUCACUGGAAUCUUCAGGUCCAGUGCAGAGUAAGGAUGCUCAUAACCAGGGAAAUGCCAUGGCAACUGACCGAUUAUCAGUCUCACAAUCACAAAAUCUUUCAACAGUUUCAUCCAACUCUUUGUCAAUGCCCGAAGCCCAAGAUGUUGACCGGGAACAACCUCAGCAGUAUCAUGAUGUCACAACAGUGGAUGCCAACAUGAACUCAAGUAGUAGGAAGUCAUUUGGAAUCACCAGGAAGUUGUCACUGGAACAUGGGGCUCAAUCUCGAAUGAGGUAUGCUGAUAACAAUGCGAAUAUUUUGGUCUCUCAGCCGUUGUCACCUGUGCACUCUGAGAAUCAUUUAUCAAUGCCACAAGCUGGAAAGAAUGAUGAAAACCAACCUCAUGAAGAUCACAGUGGGCAAAUGGUGAAGACAUGCACUAGCAUGAGCAAUAAGAUGCUCAGAGGGAUUCGCCGUAAGCUAUCACUGGAGUCUUUGGGCCCACUCCAAAGGAGGGAUGACAACGUCAAGGAAAACAUGGUGCUGACUCAUAGGCCAUCACUUGUGCACUCCAAAUGUCUUUCAACAGUUUCAUCCAAGUCCCUGCUGACGCCUCCUCAAUCUGGUAAGCUUGAUGAACAACAGCCCCAUGAAGGUCAUAAUGUGGACAAACAAAACUGUAGUAUGAAUGCGAGCCAUAAGUUCUAUGUAAUGGGUACAAGGCCAUCUGAGUCCUUAGGAUUGCUGAGGAAGAAGGAUGUUGAUGACAAGGAGAAUGUGGUGGUUGACAAAUCUUCACUUUCACAUUCUCAGUACCUAUCUGAAGAUUCAUCUAAGUCUGUGCCACAAGCAGUUAUUUGUGGUGUACACCUACCUCCUCAAUAUGACAACAGAAAUUUUGGAAGUGAUAGCUUCAAGCAGCAAGAGAAAGAAACUUCACCUACUGCGGAAGAAGUGAUUGUUUUGGAUAGUGAAGAUAGUGAGGAAGAGGGAACGAAACCAAAGAGGUCUAGAUUGUCACUUGCACGGAAGCGUUUGGCUGGAAAAUGGAAAGUCAAAGACAAAAGUUGAAUGUCUUCAACUUUUCUCUUCUCCUUUUUCUGGUUUGUUUAAAUGCAAUAUAAGUAGCUGAAGUUGUAAUCGAGCUCUUCCUUUUGGGUGGACUUUGUAUUUGGCCAUGGAUGGAUGAUCUAAUGUCCACUUUGAAUCCAACAAGCUAUACUUACCUAACUUUAAUCAGAAAGACAAAAACACAAUAUAGUAAGACUUUCUUGAACA